CAGCCUUGAAAGAUAUCCGAACAUGCGAACAUCCAAACUGCCGAUGCAACUUUCAUUUCCCACGAAGUCGAGUCGAGUCGAGUCGAGUGGAUACCUCGGGCACUCGGGCAAAGGAUUGCAUUUUCUUCUCUUGUGACAAUUUGCUCCUUCAAGUCUGCAAUUCCAGGCCAGAGAAGCUAAAGGUACCAUUCCUUGCUUGCUAGUAAUCAUAGGCUACCCAAAUCCAUCGUUCUUCAGUUUGAAGAAUCCUAGCGGUUGAGAAUCCAAAACGUCAACGACAACCAUGAAGAUUUCGGCAAUUUUAGGCCUGUUGGCGGCAACAGCUCCCCUCGCAGGAGCCUUUGUCCCAUCAGCUAGAACCUUUUCUGCAAGGCCACUGGUGCUUCCUACUACAACUAGUAGUCCCCCUCGAACCACAACCGCGACAACCCACACCACUCGUCUCUUGGAAACGGCAGCAGCAGCCGAAGAGCCACGCAAGACAGGUGGAGGCACAGCUACCGUUCCGGAACUCACCUUUAAUCUGGUCAAGGGUAUUGUGGGAGCUGGAGUGUUGGGAUUGCCUGCCGGAAUCUGUGCCUUUGGAAAUGCUCCUUCUGCCGCCAUCCCGGCCUUGGUCCUGAUUGGCAUUAUUGGCAUGUUGAGUGCCUACGGAUUUGGCUUGAUUGGACGUGUCUGUUCCUUUACCGAUACCACUUCCUUUAAAGAUGCCUGGGCUGAAUCUGUGUCACCGGAAACAUCCUGGAUGCCAGCGGUAGCCGUGACCUUCAAAACCAUUUGUGCUCUUUUGGCCUACAGCAUGAUUUUGGGAGAUACCUUUUCCUCCCUUUUUGCCGGUGCUGGAUAUACCGUCAGUAGCACCACCAGUUUGCUCGGAAUUACAGGAUUGGUACUCUUGCCCCUGUGUCUGCUCAAAAAUUUGAGUUCCUUAGCACCCGUCUCCUUGUUGGGAUCGGCUGGUAUGGUCUACACCGCCAUUGCCAUGGCCAUUCGAUAUUUUGGAAAGGCAUAUGCCAAGGGAGGCAAGUUUCACAAGGCCGUGCCGGUCAAUUUGCAACCAUCCUUUGGAACAGUGGGAGCCAAGGGAGUGCUCAGUCCCAAUGCAGCCAUCCUGGUGGCAAUGUUGAGUACUGCUUUCAUGGCCCAUUUCAAUGCUCCCAAGUUCUUUACUGAACUCAAGGACAACACCAUCCCAAGAUUCUCCGCUCUGGUAGCCACUAGUUUUGCCAUUGCGAUUGCGCUCUUUGCCUCCAUGACUUGCUUGGGAUUCUUAACCUUUGGAAGUGCCUGCAGUGGUGUCAUUCUCAACAAUUAUGCAACAACGGAUACACUCAUGGGGAUUUCCCGCAUUGCUGUAGCAGUCAGUUUGGUCGGGUCCUUCCCACUCGCCUUUGUGGGUGCUCGUGAUGGAGUAAUGGAUCUAUUCAAUAUCAAGAACCGAUCCAACAAAAAUCUGAAUAGUAUCACCCUUGCCUUGUUGGCAGGAGUCACUGGAUUGGCAUUGGUGAUUCCCGAUGUUACCUUUGUGUUGUCAUUUGCUGGCGCCACCUUGGGAAAUGCAUUGAUUUAUGUCUUCCCGGGUAUCAUGUUUCGUGGAGCCGUCAAGAGAAUGAAAGAUGCAAGUGCACCAUUGAAAGGAGAAGUCAAACUUGCCAUGGCCAAUGCUGCAUUGGGAGUUGUAUUAGGAGGUCUGGGUGCCUUCAUGGCCGUCAAAUCGUUGGCGGGGUAACUGAUGAAAGGAUGCAGCUGUGCUGUAUACUGCGGCGUCAGAGCAUGAAGUCAACAAUGUGGACAUCCUGUAGGAUGUCAAUCAACAAUAAAUGUAGUCCAAGU